GAGUCUCAGAGAGCGAGAACUGACUUAAUGAGCAACAGUGAUCCAAAAAUUGAGGAGGCCCUUCAUAAUCAUGGAAAGUAGGGAGAGCGUAAGGGCUAGUGAAAGGCUUCCAGAGGAUGGAGGAGCCCAGCCUGGAGAGCAGCUAUAUGAAUACAUGGAAUAUUGUGAGACCUUCAGUGAUCCAGACGAUGUUUCUAGAUGCCAAAGAAAGUACACUGGGGAGAUAGCAAGGAAAAGCAAGGAAUGUGGAAAGAGCUGCAGUGGCAGUGGAGAUCUUGAAAGGCAUGCAAGAACUCACACUGGGGAGAAGCCACAUGCAUGCAUGGAAUGUGGAAAGAGGUUCAGUUGGAGUGGAGAGCUUACUCAACAUCACAGGACCCACACAGGGGAGAAGCCAUACACAUGCAUGGAUUGUGGAAAGAGCUUCACUUCCGGUGGACCUCUUAUAAGACAUCAAAGAUCCCACACUGGAGAGCAGCCAUACACAUGCAUGGAAUGUGGAAAGGCCUUCAGUCGGAGUGGAGAGCUUACUCAACAUCACAGGACCCACACAGGGGAGAAGCCAUACACAUGCAUGGAAUGUGGAAAGAGCUUCACUUCCGGUGGACCUCUUAUAAUGCAUCAAAGAACCCACACUGGAGAGAAGCCAUACACAUGCAUAGAAUGUGGAAAGGCCUUCAGUGGGAGUGGACAUCUUACUCAACAUCACAGGACCCACACUGGAGAGAAACCAUACACAUGCAUGGAAUGUGGAAAGAGCUUCACUUCCGGUGGACAUCUUAUAAGGCAUCAAAGAACCCACACAGGGGAGAAGCCAUACACAUGCAUGGAAUGUGGAAAGAGCUUCACUUCCGGUGGACCUCUUAUAAGGCAUCAAAGAACCCAUACUGGAGAGAAGCCAUACACAUGCAUGGAAUGUGGCAAGGCCUUCAGUCAGAGUGGGCAUCUCAUAAGGCAUCAAAAAACCCACACAGUGGAGAAGCCAUACACAUGCAUGGAAUGUGGAAAGGCUUUCAGUGGGAGUGGAGAGCUUACUCAACAUCACAGGACCCACACUGGAGAGAAACCAUACAAGUGCAUGGAAUGUGGAAAGGCCUUCAGUCAGAGUACAUCCCUUACUCUGCAUCGAAGAACCCACACUGGAGAGAAGCCAUACAAGUGCACGGAAUGUGGAAGGGCCUUCAGUGGGAGUGGACAUCUUACUCAACAUCAGAGGACCCACACUGGCGAGAAGCCAUACACAUGCAUGGAAUGUGGAAGGGCCUUCAGUGGGAGUGGACAUCUUACUCAACAUCAGAGGACCCACACUGGAGAGAAGCCAUACACAUGCAUGGAAUGUGGAAAGGCCUUCAGUAAGAGUACAUCCCUUACUCGGCAUCAAAGAACCCACACUGGAGAGAAGCCAUACAAGUGCACGGAAUGUGGAAGGGCCUUCAGUGGGAGUGGAGAGCUUACUCAACAUCAGAGGACCCACACUGGCGAGAAGCCAUAUACAUGCAUGGGAUGUGGAAAGGCCUUCAGUCGGAGGGGAUGUCUUAUAAGGCAUCAAAGAACCCACACUGGGGAGAAGCCAUACACAUGCAUGGAAUGUGGAAGGGCCUUCAGUGCAAAUGGAUCUCUUGUACUGCAUCGAAGAACCCACACUGGAGAGAAGCCAUACAAGUGCAUGGAAUGUGGAAAGACUUUCAGUGGGAGUGGAAAUCUCAUAAAGCAUCAAAAAAUCCACAUUGGAUGCUUCCAGUUUGGCGUCGUGGCACCACGGCUGUGAAGAGCGGAGGCUCCCUCUAUCAUUCCAUUAUUUGUUCCACAGAGAGCUGUGGGAGGCUCAUCUAAGCCCCGUCGGGGCUUUUCUCAAUUGAAGAACACAGGGGAGAGAGAACAGCUCCCUACAAGUCGUUGACAUCUGGGACAAUAGCAUAGAAUACUUAGCUGGAAGGUUAUUGGACCUGCUGGGUGAGCAUUUUUAUCUUUUUUUUCUUCUUACUACCUGUGAAGAGCAGCAACAGCCUCUCAUUUGGCAUAAAGAAGAAAGGGGAUGCCCUUUGAUGGAGGGAGGAAUUUUUCCUCUCCUCACGGAGUUUUAAGCGGCACCUAAUCUGGGGAGAGGAACUGAGGCUCUUGGAAAGUUUGGGGCUGGAGAGAAAGACCU